AUGCCCAGUUCACCCCUUCAAGAGAAUUUGCGACAAUGCGUCGACAUUGGAAGCAAUAUCACACUAAAGUUCCAAUUUUCUCUGCUGCAUACAUCGCAAAACACAGAGGGAGAUGGGCUGCGUGGAAUUGAGCAACUCCUUCGAACAAAAAGAUUGAUUGAUUCAGAAACUCAGACGAUAGGUACUGAUGAAGAAUCUAUAAGCGGAUUAGAAUCUGAGCUGCACCAUGUCAAGGAACAACUAGAGAACGCCGAAAUUCACAUUACUUACCUUUCAGAACGGGUGGGGCCAUACAGGCAUCAAUGGCUGGAACAUUACUACCACACCGAGAACCUCAAGUGUUGCAUGCCUGAUUCUGUUGUUGUGCCCAACCUAGGUCAGAUUCCAGAAGGUGCGGCUUCUCCUGCCUUCUGUCCAGAGCUCUUCGGUUGGGAGGAGGAAGGCUCAGAACUGAGAGCGUCGCUGUGA